AUGGCGUUUAUCCAAUCUCUACCCCUUUCUUCAAUGAACACUCUGGCGAAGAGCGGUGGAGCGUGGCUGAUUUCGCCGUCGUUGGCGACGGCUCUGAGGAGGAUGAGUGUAGCUGGUUUCGCCACGUCAUCGUCGUCUGCUUCUUCUCCCAAUUGGGAAGGUGGAGUUUCCAUGGUCCAAGGAGCUUCCAGAGGCAUCGGCCUCGAAUUUGUACGACAGCUGCUGGAGAAGAAUAAUGAAGGGUAUGUUGUUGCUACUUGUCGGAAUCCAAAAGAAGCAACGAGUCUCUCUGAUUUGAAGAACCGUUUCUCUGAAAGACUUUUCAUCCAAAAGCUUGAUGUUACAGAUGAAGCUACCAUUGAGGAAUCAGCCGAAUCUGUGAGAGAAAGAUAUGGUUCUCUCAACCUGCUUAUAAAUGCAACUGGUAUACUCUCAAUUCCUGGUGUAUUGCAGCCAGAAACAACACUGAACAAGGUUGAAAAAUCAUCAUUGAUGCUUGCUUACGAGGUUAAUGCCGUUGGUCCAAUUCUAGUGAUGAAGCAUAUGUGGCCUCUCCUUAAGGCUGGUGGAGGAAGUGGAACCGAUAGGGAAGUUGCUGUUGUAGCCAAUCUAAGCGCCAGAGUUGGAUCAAUCGGAGACAACAGACUUGGUGGUUGGCACUCUUACAGGGCUUCAAAAACCGCACUCAACCAACUGACGAAAAAUGUAUCGGUUGAGUUGGGUAGGAGGAAGGAUCCUGUGGUAUGCAUUCUUCUGCAUCCAGGCACAGUAGACACUGAUCUCUCUCGACCGUUCCAAAGGAAUGUUCCCGAAGGAAAGCUUUUCACUAGAGAGUACUCUGUUCAGAAGCUAUUGCACAUCAUCAACAAUGCAAAGAAACAAGACAACGGCAAGUUCUUUGCUUGGGAUGGCCAGGAGAUACCUUGGUGA